AUGUGCUUUAUGGACCAUAUGUAUUAUAAAGAUCUAAGUAAACCGGAUUUAAGUGUCUCAGUGUUACAGAGCAGCGUGUUGGACUCGGUUCCUGCAGGAGCGUCAGUGACUCUGCAGUGCUCGGUUCUCUCUGAGAGCAGAGCAGCAGAUCUCCAAGUGCUCUGGUUCAGAGCUGCUCCACCACAAUCCCAUCCUCAAAUCAUUUACACUCAUCACAACAGCAGCCAUCAGUGUGAGAGCAGCUCUUCUACACACACCUGCGUGUACAGCUUCUCCAAGAACAUCAGCCGCAAUGAUACUGGCACUUACUACUGUGCUGUGGCCAUGUGUGGGAAGAUCAUUUUUGGGAACGGGACAAAAAUGCAAAAUGAGAUACCUGUGGAUUCUGUAGUGAUCUGCCUCGCUGUAGCUUUGGGACUGUGUGUGGUUGUGAUCUUUGCUUUGAUCUUUGUCCUAAUCGGUAAAAUGGAAAACUGUGAACAACGCAGGGUGAGACUAAAACAAGGUUCUGUGACAGACAAGACCCUCAAUCAGGACUGUGACAAUGUGGAGCUGAAUUAUGCUGCCUUACAUUUCAAUGAGAGGAGAGCCAAAAGAGGAAGAGUAAAGAAACAACAACCUCAAGAUAUUAUAUAUUCUGAUGUGCGAGGUCCUUCUGUAACUUAGAUUUUACUGUAGGUAUGGUAUUAUUAAUGAUCGUUCAGGCUGAAUUUAAACUGAAAGCUGAAUGAUGUAGAUGUCUCAAAAUCACUGAAACACUGGAGCACUGAUUCUGUCAAGGAGCCACAUGAGAAAGCAGUUUAAGACAUUUUUUAAAGGGUGUGGAAAAAAAAACAGAAAUAUUGCCUCACAUUUAUGGGACACGGCACCCUUAUCCAGAGCAACUUACAUUUAUUUCAUUUAUAGAACUGGGCAGUUGAAGGUUAAGGGCCUUGCUCAAGGGCCCAGCACCACCUUUGAACUCACCACUUUCCAAUCAGCAAUCCAACAUUUUAACCACUGAAGAUUCUUCAAGCAUCCUUGUAAAUCUGCUUAAGGCUGGAGUAACUCGUGUAUGUACUUUUAUUGAUGUGGUCGUGUGAUGCAGCCUGACGUCAAGCAGAGUUCCUGUUACCACUGAAGUCGAUUAUAACAGCAUGUCCUGAGGUGUUUUAUUUUUCAUAUAUCACAGCAAUUUGCUAAUGAUUACUUAUAUAAUUUUUUAAUUGCUGCUGUUGCUUCCUGUCUUGAAUUUCCCUGUCUGGUAGUCACAUGAUUCUGUGGUAUAUAAAAUAAUAACUGGAAGAUUUUUUUUUAAUAUUUUUUUCAACCCUAGUUAUCAAAUGCACUGCUGUGGUGUGAUGACCCUAAGGACUUUAGAAUA